ACAAAAGUUUCAUCACAAAAAUUGACAAAUAAAUAAAUAAAUGAAUAAGAAAACAAGGAAACCAAAUUUGGCACUCUUAUCUACUAUCUUCUACUUUUGGUUCUGGUCCUUUGAAUCAGCACAAGACAAAAGCGCUUUUUUUUUUCCCAACCAAAAUUGCACUUCUUCCACCCAAUAAAUAAACCUUAAAACCACUUUUAUCCUCCAAAAUCAAUGCCGGAUCUGCUUUCUAGCGCGAGUCAAUGGUGCUUUCAGAGAGCUUUUGAGUUGUAUAAUUGUAUAUGUGUGGUGUUUCGACAUCUCUAGGGAAUGAGAAUUCCUCGAAAUCUUGAGGUAUGGAAAAUGGGCAUCGUCAACUAUUUGGAUGCACUUAAGUUGCAAGAAAAUCUGGUAAAUGCUAGAAAAGUUCACAAGAUACCAGAUACCCUUUUGUCCCUGCAACAUCCACCAACGUAUACUCUUGGAAAACGGAGGACCGACCACAAUCUGUUAGUUCCCGAGCCCGACCUUAAAAAUAUAGGUGCUGAACUGCACUAUACGCAGAGAGGAGGAGACAUAACAUUUCAUGGUCCACAUCAAGCCGUCUUGUAUCCUAUUAUUUCUCUCCGUGAUAUUGGACUUGGUGCUCGGAAUUAUGUUGAGAAACUCGAAUCUACUAUGAUUGAAUUGGCGUCUUUGUAUGAUGUCAAAGCUCAUGCUGGACGAACAGGUGAAACCGGGGUUUGGGUUGGAGAUAGAAAGAUUGGUGCAAUUGGAGUUCGGAUUUCGUAUGCAAUCACCUCUCAUGGGCUGGCAUUCAAUAUUGAUCCAGAUUUGAACUAUUUUAAGCACAUUGUACCAUGUGGGAUUGCAGAUAAAGAAGUUACAUCAUUGAGAAAGGAGACAAACAUGGCGCUUCCUGCAGAGGAAAUAAUUCAGGAGCAGUUGAUUUCUUGUUUUGCAAGGCAAUUUGGCUACGACAGCGUUUCAUGGAAGGAGGGUGCUUCUAUAUUGUCUGCCGUCAGCGAAAUUGAAUGAGAUAAAUUUCUUAACUCUGUACUCUUUCUUUACUUUUAUAUCUGUUGAGAUAAUUUUUGUGUUAAUUUAUACAUUUCACAUGAUUGAAAGUAUUAAAAACUUUGGUGAGUUCAUAGACUUGGAAGAAAGUCCAAUCCAGUUUUGAAAUGCUAGUGAUUUAUGUUGGAAAAGUUAAUGUAAACAUGUGGCAAGAAAUCUUGGGAACUGCAUGACAGUUAGAUUAUAGUGGCUUUCCAAGUUUGGGAGUUUGAAACUGUUUAUGACUAAGAUGAUCAUGCCUCAGUAGUCAGGAUCAUGAGAUCAGUUUCUGUCAUUGAUCAGCAUCUAGUCCACAAUCUUCAAACAAGCAUGGUUGACAGCAAAAAACCAUGUUACCUAGUUUCAAGCUGCAGUGUUUGAUCAUGCAUCCAAAGGGGUUUGAAGAAGUCAGCACCAUUUCUUCUACAUUAGUCUUGCUGGCGUAGACCACAUGUUUUUCUAAAGGGAAUCUUUUUAUCCACAUGUAUUUUGAAUCCAAGCUUAAAAUAAAAUAAAAUAAAAUAAAAUAAAAAAGGCAAAUUUAGUCAAAUUUUGAUGCAGCUUUCAGGAGUUCCUUGACCAGAUCUUGUAAUAUAUAAAUUCUCUUCAAACCUCUAGAAUCCAUUUACUUCUACCAAGCAGAUGAGCUCUUAUUGUAAAGAAUUGAGUUUUCCAUCCCUAGUGAAUUAAAUAGAGUGACUAAAUUAUUGAUGCAAAUCACAUAGUUUAUUGAAGCAAAUCCGUUUAUUUUAGAAAAUUAUCAUUCUAUAUUUCUUAAAGAUUGCGGAAACGAGUUCAGGCAGGUUCAUAAAGGAAUCAAACUUAAUUACAAGAAAAUUUCCUCCAAUACACACACACACACAAGAAUAAAAGGGCUAAUGGUGAAACACCUCAAUGAAAGUGUAUCUCCGUAUAUCAGAGGAAUUUUUCUGAAGCAAGAAACCAGUUAAGUUUGAUCAUGGUAAAAGGUUAUCCAUUUGUCCAGUUAAUUUGACUAAUGUUGAAAAUUAGAAGAAAAAAAAGAUUUGCCAAAGGUAGUAGUUGAUGAAAGGGGAAUAUGGCAGUUUCCUGGAAUAUG